CCCCUCCCCCCCCCCCACCUCCCCCUCAGCAUGGACGGGUGGAGCACAGAACAGGUACAGGGAUGGCUCUCGACAUACCCGAGCUUUGCACCGUAUGCAGAGGCCUUUGGAGAGCAAGCUGUCGACGGGGCCACCCUCGGCUCGCUCUCCGACCACGACCUGAAGCACGAGCUCGCGAUGGACAAGCUCGGCAUUCGCCGCCAGCUGCUGCGAGAAGUGGCCAAGGCCAUGAACGAGGUUGCCACGGCAGUGCCAUCGAAUAAUGCUGAAAGCAGACAGCAAGCGUCGUCGGAGGAUGGCGGCGCCUUGGACAAGACCGCGCCUGAGGCAGUCGUCGUUCAUGCGCCCGUCACCACUCUGCCGGGUCUGCACCUUGUUGACGCAUCGCCGUAUGAUCUGGCCGGCGAGAGCCCGCUGAGAGUCCUGUACGUUGGCGCAUCGCCUGUGGAGCAUGGGCUGGGUGGCGUCGAGGUCGAGAGCAUGCUGAUCGGCGAAUCCCUGGGCUCGUCGCCGCUUGCGCCCGAGUACAUGGUGCUGCCUCUGCCGACGCCCGACGCGCUAGAGUCGACGCUGCUGUCGUUUCGUCCGCAUGUGGUUCAUCUCUCGGCACCGCAUGUCCCAGCUUCCAAGCCUGGGCGGUACAAGGUUGCGCUGCACGGCAAGCGGUAUGCGACCAAGCUGGUUCCCGACGCCGACCUGGCGGAGCUCUUUGACGUCUCAUCGAUUCUCGCCGUUGUGCUCAACAUUCCGCACGCCAAGCGGCUGGCCAACAAGCUCCCGUCAGCCUUUGUACUCUACUGCGACGGGCACGAGCCGGACCGUGAGCUCGACCGCGCGUUCUACGGUGCUUGGGCCUCGUCGCGCGAUGUCUCGUUUGCCGACGCCCUCACAUCUGCCCGCGACAACGGCAAGCUCAUGUACAUGCGGCUGAUUCAACGCGGACGGCUCCGGGAUCCGACGAAUUCCCCGGCUGCGGCGGCGGGGCCCGAACCGGCUGCUCCGUCGCCGCCCAACACCAGUGGGUCCGGCACGCCACAAGUCUCGUCACCACGCGCGAUCUCGCCGCGGGCGGCUUCUCCGUCCGCAUCGUCCACCAGCUCAGCUGCGUCGACAGCACCAUCAUCGAAAAAGACGGGCUCCGGAUCCGACUCGGUCUUCUCGCUCUUCUCGUCGAAAACCAAGGAGAAGAUCGCGGCGGCAAGCUCAGCGCCGACGCCGUCACCGACACCAGGUGCUACAGCGGCUCGCGACUCGCCGUUUUCGCUCUUUGGCACUGGCCGCAAGACAUCGUCGCCGGGCGCUGCAGGCCAGACCAGCGCUGGACACGAGUCGAGCCCGGACUCGGGCUCCGACUCGGACUCUGGGUCAGACUCGGGUUCGGGCUCGGGCUCGGGCGAGUACGAGUACGAGACCGAGUCGAGCUCGGGCUCGGGCUCGGGCGACUCGCUGUGCUCGGUCGAGCCGCCGGCGCGCCCGACACCUGUGCGGACAGUGCCGUCGCCGGAGGACCGCAAGGCGCUGCUGGAGCGGAUCCUGGCCGGGCCUACGGCCGCGAGCAGUGGGCAAGCGGCACGGUGGUGA